CAGAGUAAUUGCUAGUUUUGUCAAUAUGGCGGCGCCCAUGUAAAAUACAACUUUUUAACGGGUCGGUUAGUUUAGGCCUUGUUUACAUCGUAAUUAUUCAAUAUUCAAACAUGCUGAUUGCAUACAUAUGAUAACAAAGGGAUUGGAAAACAAGCUUAGAACUUAAAAUAAUUCAUCUCCCCAAGGAACGCGUCGUAAAUAAUGGAUGAAAGCAGCAUUGAAUCUUCUUUGGAACUUUAUAAAAGUCAACUUUCCCAAGUAGACCAGGCCUUGUGUGCUUCGGGAGAAAAUGCUGAUUUACUGAAGUUGCAGUCCGAUCUCAAAGAACUCAUUCAUCUCACUGAAGAAUCACUGCUGUCACUGAAGAAAAGCAUCAUAUUAAAAUCUUUGGAAGAAGACGCUCAUGUAACUGGGGAAGAAACUCCACACGGCUCCAAUGAUCUGGAUUCAGAAUAUGCUGCUUUCCAGGCAAUGUUGUCAGAGGAUGUGAGCGAUCCUAAUGAAAACUCAACACAGACAGCAUCAGACUCCCCAGGACAUGUGGCCCUUCCCCAGCAGACUGAUGAAGAGUUAAAACAGAUGAUAGGAAUGAAGUGUCGGGCUCCAUUUGUUCACGAGUGGGGAGCCCUCAGCUGCCACAACGCCAUCAUAUCCGGAUUGAUACCUGCUACAUCCACAGAUCUAAUGCCAAAGGUGACGGUGAUGUUCUGCAACCCUACUCACAUGUCCAUGCUGCCGUGUACUUACCACCUGGAGGGAAACUGUAAAUUCUCCGAUCAGAAAUGCAGAUUUUCACAUGGACAUAUAGUGGAAUUGGAUGAUUUGAGGGAAUUCCAAGACCCAGAUUACAGUGCUUUGACCUUAGGAAGUCGCUGUCUUGCUCAAUAUGACGAUGACCUGUGGUACAAGGCAAUGGUUGUUGACCUUCACGAUGACCACCAGUAUAGUGUCACCAUGGAUACAUAUGAGGGAGUUCACCAACUGGACCUAAAACACAUUAUCCCAUUAGAGCAAUCAGAAGAGAUGUCAGAUGAGGAGGAAAACGCUGAGGAUGAUAUCAGAUCAGCAGUACCCUCACCUGCGUUAUCAGAUGACGACGAGCUUGACAUACCUGUGUACCUCUGGAAACCACCACAAUCCUCACAGACUCUGGGAAACUGGGAAGCUCACACAAAGGGAAUUGGGUCCAAACUGAUGGCCAAGAUGGGAUAUGUCCUUGGUCAGGGUCUUGGGAAGAGGGAAGAUGGUCGUGUGGAACCUGUUCCGAUACAGCUGCUUCCCCCAGGGAAGUCUCUAGAUACAAUUAUGCUGCUAAAAGAGCUGGCUGGAGAACAGGACUUAUUUGAUGUCAUGAAGAAGAAGGAAAAGAAACAAAAAGCUCAGGAGAAGAAACAAGCUCAAGCCUACGAGAAAAUGAAAACAGAAGACCAGAAUGUUUUCGACUUCAUGAACAGAAGACUGGGAGGGAAGAAAGGAAACCUGAAGGACCUGGUGUCACAUGAUCAGAAUAAACCCAGCAGUGAGUCAAGUUCCAGUAGCGCCAACCGCAAUAUAUCCGAGCAGGACCUUAAAGCCAAGUCUGAGAGGCAUCUAAACAUCCAAUUGAUGAAAACAGACGAAGAAAUAAAAAAUGUGAAAAGGGAAUUAGAAAAGUUGAAGGUAUCUUUAGCACGGAACGAACUAAGAGACAAGAACAUGGCCAGCAGGGUCCGACAAAAGAUCACGUCGACGGAAAACUACCUACAGCGUCUGAUGACGUCAGGCAGUGCUAUCCAACAACACAAACAGAAUCGCUUCAAUCAUAAAAAGCUUACAGUUUUUUAGCAGGACUUCAUUGUCUAGGUGAAGAUAGUUUCUCAUUGUCUUAAUACUAUCUAAGUAUCUUGUAUCGUUAUAAGAGACACUCGGCUUCCGUUAAAUGAGAGUGAAGUGAGAACACUCCGUGGUCCUUUACCUGGAACAUAACAGAGACCUGCCAACGUUAUAAACAGUCGAUGAAUACACUUGGUUACCCAUACUGGGCCUGUUGAUGAAAACACUCGAUGGUCGCAUACUGGAAUCUUUAUCAAUGAACUGUCACCGUUAUAACAUUUAACAAACGUCUAUCUGCAAUGUGUAUAAACUGUCAGUGAGGACAUUCGUUGGUGCCAUACUGGGAACUUGAACAAAGACCUAAUGACGUUAUACAAGUCUUUGAAAACACUCGCUGAUCCUGUACUACUAACUUUUAACAAAGAUCUGCCACAAUUUUAAACUGUCAAUGAGAACACUCCAUAAUGGGAACUUUAACAAAGGCCUGUUUGUAAUGUUAUAAACAGUUGGUGAGGACGACACUCAUUGGUCCAGUACUGAGAUCUUUAACAGAGACUUGACAAAGGUCUGUCGACGUUAUGACGAGAACAUGCCGUACUCCAAAGCUUGAACUCCAUCAACGACUUACUAGCACAUAGUAUCAAUGACACUUGGGACUCCCAUACUGGAAAUUAUUGAUGUUUUUACUCUCUUUCUCUCGAUAUUUAAGAUCACACGAAAACUUUACAACAGCCAGAUGACCACUUUUUGUCAACGUUUCUUGUUUUAUUUCGUGGAUAUUUCACAUUAAAAAAAAAGACAAAAAAUAUAUGUUAUUGACAUUGACACUCAGUAUUGAGAAAAAAUGUAAAAAGGUAACGGAUGGGAUAUUGAUUGUCUUGAUGUGAGGAUGUUUAGAAAUAAGAACUGUAUGGAAAAGAUUUUGACUGUAUAGGUGCUUUGUUUUUAUAUAUCUGAGUAAACGUAAUUUAAAUGUAUGUAUGUGUAAAUAAAAUCAACUUGA